AUGCGGGAGUGCAAGUGUGAUAAGAACAAGAAGGAGACAGGUGAGGCUGAAUCUAAUUCAGAAAACAAGCCAGCCUGUAAAUGUUUUGAGGAUAGGGAUAGGAUGCCCAAAGAGUUUGCGCACAAAAUUCUUGAGGCCGUUAAGAAAGCUGUGGAAUGCGAUGUGCCUCCUGCUAGUGUAGAGGAGUUGUUUCAUAGUUUGCGUAUUAACCAGGAGAUCUUUGAGUGUGCUUAUAGGCGUUUAGAGAAAAAGCACAAGGUUGUGUAUAGGAGAGGGGUGAACGAGGUCUGGGUCAAUCAGUAUAGUAAGAAGUUGUUGAAGUGCUGGAACGCUAACAUGGACAUUAGCUUUGUCACCGACGCCUACGCAAUGCCCCGUGCCAAGUCCCACCGGCGGGCCCAGGCCCUGAAGCAGAGGAUGGCGCAGCCGCUGCCAUGGACCCCCCAGCCGCCUGUCCCCGAGUUCGUUGCUCGGCGCGGUACAGGGUACCGCCAUCGCGUGCGGAGAUGGCCGACUUCGAAGCUGACCCAGCGGAGCUUCAAGUUGGUCACUCCUGCCCAGAAGCCGGACCAGAAGAUGGUGUUCGUCGUGGGAGACUCCCACCUGCGGGCCAUGGUGGAUGGGAUCGUCGCGAUGCCGGAGGUACCUCUCUCUUUCUCUUUUCUCUCUGUUCCAGGUGCGCAUGCAGCAGAGCUGAGGACGGAGGUGUCCCACGCCGCUCUCCCCUGGACCCCGGACGUGGUAUGUGUGCUCGCCCCGAGCAACAACCUGACAGCCAGCAGGAACAUCGGAGAGGCGUCGCUGGACUUCGGUGCUCUCCUGGCUACAGUUUGCAACCGCUGGGCGAAGGUGUUCGUGCUGGACUUCCCUCCACGCUUGAACAUCGAGCCUGGCCUGCAGGAGCUGUUCCGCCAGGAGUUCCGCCGUGUCGCAGCACGCAUGGGUCUCCCAUACGUGUCUGUGGCAGAGCACCUCCCUCUGGAUCGUUUGGAGCUGUGGAGCCGUGACGGUGUAAGUACAGCAUACUUUGUUGUUGUGACAUGACAUAUGGAGGAGUUG